AUCUAUCCAUCUCACUCUUUUUUCACUGUAGCUCUUUCUACAUACACGGAUUUACACAUAUACACACAGACGCGCGCGCUCGCGCGUGAAUUAUAAAAUGAUGUCGCUACGUUGGAGAUACGCGAGAGGACAUUGAGAUUUCAUUUUUUUCGUACAAAUUUCCUUCGUGUUUGUGUUUUUUUUUGUUUAUUUCACCAUUCUUCCUAGCAGCCUGAAAUAUAUAAAUUCAGGUUCGCAAAACUUGGUGUCUUCCUGGAAAAAUGGAAGCGGAUUACCAAGUAUCGCCCAGUCCAGCUCGAGCUUUGACAGGGAUAAAUAAUGAAUCGGAGGACCCUUAUCCUAGUCUUUCCGACUAUCACGACUAUGAGCCCAAUUUGGAGUUCGAUGAUACAGAAUUACAAGCCACCACCAAUAAUGCUUCGAGACUACUGGAAGAAAAAUUAGACCUUAGUAUAGGAGUGGCAGGGAGUGGAAUUGAUUAUCUAGAAAGUCCUGUAAGCGAUGGGACGAUAGAAGAAAAUUUUGAGGAAGCCCUUGUCGACGCACCUGUUAUAGAAACUGCUGAUGACUUGGCAGCCCUGGAUGAAGAACUGGCCGAUGAAGAGGAUUAUCUUGAUAUCUCUCGACUCGGAAUUGUGGAAGUAGUGGGUGAUGAUAGCGCAGGCCGCAAAGUUAUUGUUGUUUCAGCAUGCAAACUUCCACCUGUUGGGAAGGAAGUGUUUAAUCAUGCAAAACUUCUCAGAUAUCUGACGCACACAUUGGACACUUUCGUCGAGCAGGAUUAUAGUUUAGUUUAUUUUCACCAUGGCCUUACGUCAAAAAACAAACCUCCGCUCUCUUGGUUGUGGCAGGCUUACAAGGCUUUCGACAGAAAAUAUAAGAAAAACUUGAAAGCUCUCUAUCUCGUUCAUCCUACGAAUUUUAUUAGAAUCGUUUGGCAGAUAUUCAAACCAGCCAUCAGUGCGAAAUUCGGGCGUAAAAUGAUGUACGUAAAUUAUCUCGAGGAAUUGGCCCAAUACAUAAAUUUAGAUCAACUUAUAAUUCCCCAACAAGUAAUCGAUCAUGACGAACAAUUGAUGGCUAAGAACAGAAAAAACGUAUCUGCGAAUCGUGCACCGAGCGUGCCAGUCGCGACACCAAUAGGAACAACACAAUUCGGUGCCAGUCUCCAAUUUAUUAAGGAUAACAACGGAGGUGACCCCAUACCACCGAUCGUUCGUCAAUGCGUAGAAUUUCUCGAUACGCCUGAUGCUUUAGAAACCGAAGGAAUAUUCCGAAGAUCGGCAAACGUAGCAAUGGUGAAGGAACUACAGAAUCGAUGCAAUCACGGAUUGCCCGUUGAUUUUCAAGGCGAUCCUCACAUAGCGGCUGUUCUUUUAAAAACAUUCUUACGAGAGCUCGACGAACCAUUAAUGACUUACGAGCUUUACGACGAAAUAACGCAGUUUCAGACUCUUUCUAAGGACGAACGGCCGCGCAAAGUCAAAAUUCUCGUUCUCGAAAAACUUCCGGAGGAUAAUUACACGUUAUUGAAAUAUAUUGUACAAUUUUUAUCGAGGGUAAUGGAUCGUUGCGAUCUGAAUAAGAUGACAUCAAGCAAUUUGGCAGUGGUAUUUGGUCCAAAUCUCGUAAGAUCUCCGCCGACGACCGGUAUGUCACUCUCGGCGAUAGGGCCGAUUAAUCAAUUCGUCGAUUUCGUAUUCACUUAUCAGGACAAGAUAUUUAUUAUUUAAAUGAAAAAAAAACGAGCUGUCAACGAUGCAGCGGUUUUCCGCUGGUUAAACACAUUUGCCAAAGGCCUAAAAAAAAAAAAAACAAAAAGAACUAAGGAUUGGACUGUCCGGUUACGAAGUACUCGGCGCGAUAUAUUAUUUAUCUUUUAUUUCAAUAUUUUUAUUUUUAACAACUCAUCCGAGCCAGUCGAUCGUAAUAAUCGCGUAGUAAUUCUAUCUCGGAUCUAACAAACUGAUACCAUUUUUAUUUCUCGUUGAAUCUUGUUUCGACAAUACGAAAUUGUGGACUCGAAAGAAAGUGGCAUCGAAGGGAAGAAAUAAGAUGACAGGCGAUUCGAAGCAACGCAAAAAAAAACUCGGUCACAAAGGUUGCACAAUAAGCAUAAUAAUCAUUAUCAUCCUAGUGAUGUUUUACACCCAACUUCCCCCUACCCUCUCACGCCUUCAAAUUUUAAACCCCUCAGAGACCACUCUGUUCCCCUCCUUUUGGCAGAACGAUUCGAUAGCGUUGAUAUUGAAAUAUUGUAAUCCAAGUUUAUCGGGAUCGUUGAAGAUAUUUAUACCGAAUUUCUCACUGUAUACCAAAGAUUAACGAGAAUGUCAUAAUGUCGUUUAUGUAAAUCUUUAAUAGCAUUAAUAACUCAUUAGCGAACUCGAAAGAAUAUUCGAAAAAGCGAAAAGAAAGAAGGAAAAAAAAGGAAAGAAAUCAUAUUAAACGAUAUCAUAUACAGGAUUUUUAACUACGUCGAUCACAUCACAUGGAACCAAGUGCUGUGCCGAUUUACGUCCACUACACAGAGAAACAUAAAAAAAAGCGCAGGUAUUGCCAAGCAAACAAAAAAACAUUCCAAGACAAUUUUAUUUCAUGGUUGUUUAGGGCGAAGGAAACGAAAUAAUUCCAAUGAUUUCUCACUGUGUGAAUCCCACCGGGGGCAUAUCCUGUAUUUAUAAUUAACAUCAAUGUAAAUACUAAAUAUUCUAAUAGUUUAUAAUAAAACGAAUAACAAUUGAAAUUUUCAAUAAUUGUUUGAAAAAAAAAACAAAAAAACAAAAAACAAAAAAAAAAUUACGUACGUACGUGAAAUGUGGAUUUUGUUGAAAAAUCCAAGACUUACAAAGGAUACCAUCUAAUAACUCGAUUGCAAAGGACAGUUUAAUAUUUAUAAUCACGUGAUGAUGUUUCACGAGAAACGAAACGAAACUGAACAAUGCAUAUAUACAUAUAUCUUUGUUUUUCGUCUCAAUAGUAAAAAAUCCAGUAUUAAGAACUAAAAAACGAUUCAAUCAAAAAACAUAAUUUUCGUGAUACGAGACCAAUAAAAUGAUACAAACACAUGGUAAAGAUAGUAAAGAUUUUUUUUUUUUAAUGAAUUUCAAUCAGGUGUACUUUUUUAAGUACAAAAGCUGCAUGUAUCGCGAAAUAGUAGAUUACACGCGGAUAUAAAACGAGUAAAUGAUAAAAGUCCGUCUUGUAUUUGUUUAAUUGUAUACGUGUUGCAGAUUUAUUCGUUAUUGGAGUCGUGAUCGAGUGCGGUUUUUUAUUAUAUUCAUUUGUCUUGUUCAAUCAAUGAUUCAUGUACCUGUACCUGUGAUAGAAUAGCACAUUGUACCUCGGAAUGGCGUACAGGCAUUAUCGAAAUAAAUCGUUUAGUAAAUCGG